AUGUGGUUACAGAGAAAGGAGCCGUUCAUGUCGCCAUCAGCCAUCCACCAAUUGCAUCUCUUCAUCUUCUUCCUCGUUGCCGGCCACAUCGUCUACACCUGCGUCAUCAUUAUCAGCGCCCGUGCCAAGGUGUCCACGUGGCACAGGUGGGAGAACAAGUGUCAAGAGAAGAUGAAGCAAAGGAAGGGCGCGGUAUCAGGUAUGUUUCAGGAGUGUGGUAUCAGGUCACCUCACCCGCGCCCUGCAGGACUGGAGCUUCGUUCUCCCACAUACAGACUGCCCCCUCCAUCUCUCCCACUGAUCGCCCUCCCGUCCUCCUCCCCCGUGUCACUCGCAGGUCACCUCACCCGCGCCCUGCAGGACCGGAGCUUCAUUCUCCGCCGCACGGGUUCCCUUGCCAGCAUGCGGCGCUGUGUGGAGCCUGUCGUGGAAGCUGACGUGGCACCUGAUGUGGUAGAUGCCGGUUCCAGCUCAGCAGGUGGCAGAUAUGACGUGGAGCAGUCCCCUUCUGGCGUGGCACAGGAGCCGGAGCUGGCGAAAACCUUCGAGGAAAAUGUCAAGGAGGAGAAAGAGGUGCAGGGGCAGGGGAGCCAGGGGCAGCAGGUUCGGGAGCAGGCUCGGGCAGAAGAGGCUCGGGAGCCGGCUCGGCGAGGCUCGAAGCUGCAGGUUCGCCUCUCAACCUUGCCAUCUUUCAACUGUGCCAUCUUUCUUCUCCCCUCUCCCUUCCACAUUCGCCCUUCCACGUUCUCUUCUCCUCCCCCCCCCAAUGCUGUGUCUCCCCUAUCAUCCACCCACGUCCCACCCCAACCCACCCACGGCAAUGCCUUUCCCGGCAACUGUUCAACCCCAUUCACUUUUGAGGCGCCUCAAAAGACGUUCCACCCCAUCCUACCCCAUCUCACCCCAUCUCCGUCUCCACAGCAAUGCUUUUUCCAGCAGCUGUUCAACCCCAUCACUCAGUCUGAUUACUACACUCUCGGACUUGCAUUCAUUCAUGUAAGUGACAUGCGCUAUGAUAUUUACUACUACUGA